GGUGUGCGAGAACGUGGCGGUGGAGGAGUGGAGCGUGUUCCGGCCCUACCCGGAGGAGAUGGGACCGUAUGCCACCCUCGGCAAACAAUGGGUCGGCUACGAUGACGAGUUCAUGGUCCGCAAGAAGGCGGAGUACGUCCGCGACAACCGGCUGGGAGGCAUCAUGUUCUGGUCCAUCGACAACGACGACUUCCGCGGCCGGUGCUCGGGCAAGCCGUACCCACUGAUCGAGGCGGCCAAGGAGGCGUAUCUGGCUCCUCUGCCCGGGGCUCCUCCGAAGCAGGCCAAGGGACCGACGCCGCCACCGCCCGUCACCCCGGACCCCACGGCAGACUUCAGCUGCAAGCGAGAGGGCUUCUUCCCCCACCCGGAGGAGUGCAACAAGUACUUCUGGUGUCUGGCGGGCGGCCCGCUCGGCGUCGUGCCGCACAGCUUCACCUGUCCGUCCGGCUUGCUCUUCAACAGGCGCACCGACUCAUGCGACUUCCCCAGGAACGUCAAGUGCAAGGUGGUGGCCAAGGAAGCGACGUCCAUCACGUUCCCGCCUACCAAAGAGCCGGUCAUCACGAAGGCGCCGACCGGGCCGGUCGAGAUCACCGAGGACCCGCUGGCCGAAUACUAUGACGAGUACGACACGGACGACCUGCCGCCGCUUGACCUGGACUUCCCCGACACGGCGGUGGCGCCCCGGCCGAGCAGCGCCGGUCGGCCUGCGCCGGAGGUUCUGGGCGGCUCCCGAGGUGGCGCCACUGCGGUGAAGUCUGAAGCCAACGCGGUCUCCCAGGAGGAGGAAUCGGACCCCGCCGAGCUGAAGCAGUUGCUCUCACUCAUCCAGAAGAUCGGCGGUGUGGAGGGGGUCCAGCGUCUGCUGGAGGGAAGCAGUGACCCAGCCAGCCCUCAGAUCAGCGACAAAGAGCGCAAGACGCUCAACAAGAUCGUCGGCGAACAGCAGAAGCAGGACAACAAGCCUGAGUACACGUCCAUCGCCCGCCGCCGGCCGAACUCCUCCUCCCGACCCUCGCCGUCCGACUCCUCCUCGAAGCCGGCGCCGGAGCGGGGCAGCUCGAGGAGCCGGCUGAGGCCCAGCUCCUCCUCCCGGCGCCGGCCGGCCGCGUCCACCGGCACCAGCUCCCGCCGCCGCCAGCCGGAGGCGACCAGCCCGGUGACGCCCGGCUCGAGGAGCAACGCGCGCCGCCGUCGGCCGUCGUCGUCCGCCCAGCGGGAGGCGGAGGCGCCCGCCGACGCCGCCGAGACGACCAGCACGCGCAGCAACGCCCGCCGUCGGCCGCAGUACUCCACCAUCCAGAGGAACAGGAGACCAACACAGUCGGCGACAGAGUCGGGACCGGAGCAGGAGCAGGAGCAGGAGCAGGAGCAGGAGACACUCGUAGAGCAGGAGUCGGCGCCGGGCGGCGGUCAGCGGCAGUACGUGACGCUGAACCGACAGCGGCCGGCGGCUGGCGACCGCUCCCAGCAGCCGGAGGAGGGGCAGAUCGACCCGGACACAGGCAGAGAGUACGUCAGCCUGCGUAGGCCGCGCCCCACCACACCGCCGCCGCCGCUGGAGGGCGCUCCGGAGCGGCAGCCGCCGAGCCGCCGCCGACCGCAGGUGAACCGGGGUGUGACGAUCCGCCGGCCGGGCAACCGCGCGCCCCAGCAAUUCCGCCUGACCUCGACCCUCCCACCCCGCCUGACGACGACGGACGCGCCGGCCGCCGCCGCCGGUCAGGAGGAGGCCGAGGCGGAGGAGGAGGCCCCGCCGAAGAAGCCGCAGCGGAGGCGGCCGACGCUCCGCAGACCGUCGCCGGCCGACGCGAGGCGCGGCUCGUCCAGGAACCGCCUGCGCUCGCGCGGCCGAGGGUCUCAGAGAGACCGACCGGCACCCUCCACUACCCCCGCCACUACCACCACCACAACCACCACCACCACCACCACCACGACUCCGACCACCACCACCACCACCACCGCCCGAUCGGCGCCGACCUCGUCGCCGGCGCAGGUGGCGCCACUGUCGGCCGAGCCCGACCAGCAGCUGGCGAAGCCAGCUCACCAGGGCGUGCGCGGCUUCGCGCCAGACGCACCGCAGCUGACCGACGCGGAGCCCGAGUACGACUACUACUACGAUUACGUGUUCGAGUAUCCGGACGGCAGCGUGCGUGAGAUCGCCGCCGAGGAGCUAGAGGGGCUGCGGGCGGAGAUCGCUCUGGCCAAGCAGCUGCUGCUGGCCAAGGAGGGUCGCUCGCUCGACGUUGCCGCGCCGGUGCAGGCCGUGAGCGACCGGCUGGAGACAGCGGUGCCGGCGCGCGGCGCGCAGCGCGGCCCGCCGCCGGUGUCGCGCGCGCCGCCCAGUGAGGUGGAGACGGAGCCGGAGAACACGCCGCCCCGGCGGCUGGAAAGGCUGCCGUCGAGGCAGACGGAGAGGACUCCUCCGAGACAGCUGGAGAGGCUUCCGUCCCGGCAGUCCGAAAUCACCCCACCGAGACAGCUGGAGAGGCUUCCGUCCCGGCAGUCCGAAAUCACCCCGCCGAGACAGCUGGAGAGGCUCCCGUCUCGGCAGUCCGAAAUCACCCCGCCGCGAGAGCUAGAGAGGCUCCCUCCUCGGCGGCUGGAGAGACUCCCUCCGCGGGGGCCAACGACGGAAGCUCCCCGCAAGACAUCCGCCGCGGACGCCACCGAGAACAUCGACUUCGUGGAUGUGCCAGACGGCUACGAGGUGGCCGAGUACGAGUACGACAUCGCCGGCGACGUGGAUGAGGACGUGGUCAUCAUCGAGGACGACGACGGCAGGCGCGUGGUCAGCACCACCUACCGGCCGCUGGCGCCGGCGGACGCCGACUUCUCGCUGCCGGAGGACAGCACGCUGAGGCCGCUGCCGCCACCGGCGGCGACGGUGGCGCCCCCGGCGCAGGCGCCGCGCGACGAGAGCCGCCGGCGGGGCGGUCGUGUCGUUCCGCCGAUCAGGGUGCUGAACGCGCUGAACCAGCGCAGAGGUCGGCCGACGGAGGCGGCCGUGGAGACGGACGUGACAGCAGAGCCGGGGCCGACCACGCAGCGGCGCACGCCGGCCACGAUCCGCUCGUUCCGGCCGGUGCCGCGCCAGCCCGACGCCGCCUUCUUUGAGCAGCAGGGUGACGGGUUCGGGUUCCAAUCGCAGAGCGACGGGUUCCGGCCGCAGAGCGACGGGUUCCGGUCACAAAGCGACGGGUUCCAAUCGCAGAGCGAUGGGUUCCAAUCGCAGAGCAACGGGUUCCGGCCGCAAAGCGACGGGUUCCGGCCGCAGAGCGACGGGUUCCAGUCGCAGACCACGGAGUUCCAGCCGUUUUUGGACCAGACCACCGAGUUCCAAUCCUUCUUGGAGCAGACCACCGAGUCCCAGCCUUUCGCGGAGCAGACAACCGCGUUCCAGCCGUUCUUCGAGGACACCACCGUUCAGGAGACGCCCGAAGUGACGUCCAGCUUCCGGCCGUUUGUGGAGACCACGACUCCCACGCCCGUCGCUCUCGAGCCGACCUCGCAGCCGGAGGAAGAGGAGGAGCAUGAGGUGACCACACUGCGCCCCAUACUCAGCGCCACCACGAUCCAGUCGCUGCUGGAUCGGCAACGGCAGCGACUCGGCCGGCGGCGGCGACCACCCGGCGGCGCACCGUCUAGGGAGAGGGCGGAGGCCCCCGCCGCUCCUACGGAGGCCGCCGCCGCCGCAGAGACGGAGGGGCAGGCGGCAGCAGAGGAGAACGAGAUCGUGCCGACGCGCGGCAGCCGCCGCUUCAGAGGCCGUAGCCGGGUGAACCGGCUGCGGUCCUCGUCCCGGCGAAGGCAGCGACCGACCGCCGCGCCGACCGCUGCCGCCGCCGAGGCCGAGGCAGGGGCAGAGACGGUCAUCACCACUUCCACCACCACCACCACCACGCCCCGGCCAGCCCGUCGACGGCCGUCGUUCGGCCGCCGGGGCAGAACCAGACCAGGAUCCGUCAAUGAACAGGAACAGAGACAGGAGCAGGAGCAGGAGCAGGAACAAAAGGAGGAGCAGGAGCAGCAGCAGGAGCAGGAGCGGACCCGGCCGGCCCUCACCCGAGGCAGGGCGAGAAGACCGUCCAGGAGGCGGCGGCCAUCCCUUGGACGCACCAUCCAGCGGGAGCCACAGGAACCCGAGACGAAACAGGAGCAGGAGCAGGAACAGGAGAAAGAACAGGAGCAGGAGAAGAGCCAGGAGUCGGCGGUGGCGCCACCCAGCGGACGCCGCGGCCGUCGCUUGCCCUCUCGCCUGAGCUCACUCUCCCGCCGGCCCGUCGGUGGGGCGCGCCGCAACGCGCUGAGCAGCCGUCGCCGGCGACCGACGGUGGCGCUCCCCUCUCAGCCGACCACGGAACCCGUCACGGAGCCGGAGGUGACGACAGAGCCCGCCGGCGAGGAGACUGCCACGGUCGGCGAGCGGCCGCAGCCGAGCGCGGCGCCGGCGGCCGGCGGCGACGAGCUGGAGUCGCGCUUCGAGCAGUUCCUCCGCUCGGCCGACACGGACAACAUGACGCGCGAGCAGCUGCGCGAGCUGUUUGACCGCAAGAUCGAGAAGACGGCCGUGUUCGUGCGCCGCAAGCCGGGCUCGGCGGCGCCGGAGAUCAUUGGCCGCGGCACCGUCAUCAGCCAGCCGGGCGGCGACCGACGGCUGAUCGUGCAGAACCGGCCCGGCCUCUCGCCCACCUCCGAGAUCACGCUGGUCGAGAGCUCCACGCUCAGCUCGCUGCUGGCGUCGACGCCGACGGAGCAGCCGUUCGUGCUGGAGGACUUAAAUGAGGAGACGGUCACCGAACGGUCGGGCGCCAGGUUCGGCGGAGGUGGAGUUACGAUCAGGCCCGGGUUCAGCCGUGACGGGUUCACUGAAAGGCCCGAGUUCAGCAGCGAUGGAUUCACAGACCCGACGAUCUCAGAGUUCAACGACGGCUCGUUCACCGAGAGGCCCAGCUCUGGCUUCGACAGCGGCAGCUUCAGCGGCGCUGGCUUCACGGACAGAUCGGACACUGGGCUCGUCAGUGACGAGUUCAGCGUCGGAGUGGACGCCGGCUCCAUUGGCGAUGGCUUCACUGAGCGGUCGGACGCUGGAACCACGACGCCGUUCGUGAUUCGCCGCCAGGUGGUGCGGUUCGUGCCGGUGGGUUCGCAGACGCUCGCCGCCGCCCCCACCACACCGGCGCCGGCGCCGUCGAGUCCCGUCACCACGCCGUUCGCCGCACCGAGCUUCGACCGGCGCCGCCGGGUCCGCAUCAACCGGCGCAUCAUCAACGGCGCCGCGCCGGAGCCGGAGCCGGCUCCGACCGCAGCCCCGGUCCGGGAGCCGGAGCCGGUCCGGGAGCCGGAGCAGACUGGCGGCGGGCGGGCGGCUCGGCGACGACCGCAGCGGGUGCGCAUCAGCGCGCGUCGCCGGCCGGAGCCGGCGUCCGAGCUGCUGCAGUCGGAGGAGUCGGUGCGCAGCAGUGUGGUGAGCACCGGCCGGCAGCGGGUCGGCGCACAGCUGCUCUCGCCGCCCGCCGGCGCCAGGCGGCGGCCGGAGCGGCCUGACCGACUGAGGAGCGACUCCCCGGCGACGGAGGUCGCGCCGGUCCUGCCGACCGAGGCGGCGCUGCCGGAGGCGAGCACGGAGCCGGCCGACGGUGAGAUCGCGCCGACGGAGCCGGCCGCCGCGGCGACCGUCCCCAGCGAGGUGGCGACCGAGGGGCAGACGGCACCGCCGACGGAGCAGCCGGUGACCUCCACAGAGCACCUGGCCACCAGCGGCCACCGCGACACUACCACCACCACUGCUACCACCACCACUACCGCUUCCACCACCAUCACCACCACCACUGCUACCACCACCACUACCACCGGCAGCCCCGACUACCUUGCGUACGACUAUGACGACGACUACUACUACGACGACGAGUACGUGCGUAGCUUGGCGGCCGACCUGCCGGCCGGCAGCAGUCUUCCCGCCGACCUGGCGGCGGAGGUCGGCGCCUCCGACCCCGCCGGCGGCGCCUCCGACCCCGCCGGCGGCGCGGCCGACCCCGACGACGGCGGCCCGUUCGCCAGCAGCAGUCGGUUCACGCAGCGUCGGCCACUGUCCCUGAGCAACGAGCUGUCCGACGAGGAGGCGACGGCGACGGAGCCGGAGCAGACCUCUCUGGCGGCAGAAGAGCCGGCGGCAGCGGCGGCGGCGGCGGUGAUGGCGGGACACCCAGGUCCAACGACCGACCCGAAGGCCUUCUGGACCGGCCCGCUCACCAGCGCCUCCGAGGUGCUGGACGGCAAGGCUCAGCAGGAGCUGAGCGGUCACCUGAGUACGGGACGGCUGAACGGCUACAACGGCGCCUACGUGGACGAGUUCGGUCGGGUCGCGUGUAGGGAUGUCGGCAUCUUCGCUCACCCCAGGUCGUGUCAGAAGUUCGUGCGCUGCGUGGCGCGCUACGAGGGCGUUGCCACGGGCAACGUGUACAGCUGUCCGCGGGGUCUCGUGUUCGACCCCAUCGGAGGCACGUGCAACUGGGCCGAGGCAUCCGACUGCAUCCAGUGACCGGUGACGUCACUCCGGCCGAGAUGACGCCACUGGACGCGGGCGCGGGGCCGGCCAGCCUGGCCCCAGCUGGUUCUCGUCUUCUCUGAGCCCCUUGUUAGACCUACUUGCAUCAUCAUCGGUAUUGAUCACGGGAAUCUUGUUGGGAGCGCUCGCGGUGUUGGUGUGCGCUGCCGUGGCGCGGCGUGGUGCCGCGGCACGAGGCAGGCGCUGGACAACGGGCCCGGCACCAGGUGGUGACAUGGCGUGGUGCCGUCGCGCACCAGGCCUGUCCACGGGCUUGGUGCGCGGGACACCGGAGCUUAACGGAGCCCACGGAGGGCGCAGGAGACAAAAGACAAACAGCCACAGCCGACUGUAAAACUCGGUCAGCAGUUCUCGGGAUAUCGAAUGUGGGCGGAGCAGUGUAGCAAUUGUCGGCUUUUACACGCCACGUGGCCAGCUCUAAUUGCCUGCGUGCACCCCGUCGCAAAACCGGAAUAUUUUCAUCACAAUUGGUUGCCAGCGCUAAAGAGAAGCCGCUGCACGCCGUACAAUUUCCGUUAUAAUUUAUCCUGUUCAUACUUCAUCGUGGUCCGAGAGAUGUUUGGCGCGGCCACUUCGGCUCUGGAGAUCGGCCUACGUGAGGCGGGAGCUCGCACACCGGCGCACCAGCCAUAGUAAGACACCGGCGUGUCCUCCUAGCUCAAGCGGCAUUGGGAGAAAGAGCGUAACUGAACUAGACUAGGGGUGAGUGCGUAGCGAUGAGCAGCCGAGUAUGCGCGGCGGAGUGCAGUGUUUCAUGGUGGGUGGCCCCUGAUGUCGACAAUAAACACAGCGACUUGU